AUGUUAUCCUCAAAAACCUUGCCUGAAUAAAAUUUUGGUGAAUUAGCUGAAUCUGAGAAUUCUAAUGAAAAAUCACCCAAAACUAUUAAUUCCUCUAGUUUCCUAUCCUUUGAAGAAUUGUAAAGCUUUAUUAUGGAAGAAAUCUAAAUAAGUUAUGAAGUAAUUGAAAAUUAUGGUACUUCAAAAAAUCAAUUUAAUUUAUUAAAAAUUAUAAAUGAAUCUGAUGUUUAAAAUCAAAAUAUUUAUUAUUGUAUCAUAGUCAACUUUACUGAUGAAUUGCUAAAAUAAAAAAUAAAAAUAGAUAUCUCAAGGGUUUAAUAUAUUUAAUAUUUUAGUAUUCAUUUGAAACUAAAUUUUUUGACUUUACAGAUUGGCAAGAUUAAAAAGAUUCUUUAGUUUUAAGUGAUUCUACAAGUACUACAGAACCUUAAGUUUUUAAAGAUUAUGUUUCAAUAAAUUCAUAAUUUUGUAGAAUUAUAGUAUUUUCUCAAGAAUUUGAUUAAAAAAUAAUUGAUUUAAUUAACAAUUAUCCUUAUAUAUACUAUUGUAAUGAUGUAAAAAUAGUAAAGGAAGAAUAUUUAGAAAGUUUAAAAUUGCAUUAACACUUUUAAUAAAUAGAUAUUAAUUACAAAAUGAUCAAGCAUUUAAUUUCAACAUCGUAAUUAAUUUAUCAUUUUUUAAGGUUAUCAAGAUUAAAGGAUAUUAAAUUUGUAGGGAUUUAAAUCAAAGGAUGUAUAGAAUAUGUGGAUAAAAUUGAUCAAAUAAAGAUUCAUCCUUUGAUUGAUUAUUAAAGAAUUGGAAAAAAGUAGAUCUAAUUUAAAUAUGACAUACCUUUUAUCAUAAUAAAUUCAUAUUUUUACUUACCAAUACCUUUAAGUAUAAAGAAUUUAGAAAUCAAAGAUUAUCUUACUUAAUAAUUUCAGUCAAAGCCUGUUCACAUUUCUUCUAAUAUUAAUCAUAUUGAAGAAUAUGAUAAGAUUUACAUUUUAUUAAAUGUAUAUAUAGUAAUUAACAAAGUCUAUUUAAGAUCAAAUCAAAAAGGAUGAACUUUUUUUUUCUAUUAAUUCAAAUAAAGAAUUUAAUUCACUUGAAUCCUUGCUUACAUUAAAUUAAGUUAAUUAAAUAUAAGACUUAAAAAAUCAAUUGAUAGAUGAAGAUCAUUAUUUGAAUUUAAUAGAAAAAAUCCUUAUAUAUUUUUCAUAAUGUUUGAAAUCAACAAUUGAAAAAUAUAUUUUAUUUGUUUAAUUAAAGCACUUAAUCCUUUAUAGAUUGCAUAACUCUUAUCUGAAUUAUUGA